CCAAGAUUCCAGUUCAAAAUUGUUCCCAGUACACCAAAUGUAGAGACUGUCUGUCAAGUAAUGACCCAUAUUGCGGAUGGUGUGUCCUAGGCCACAGAUGCUCAUUAAAAAGCGAUUGCUACAACCCUACACACAUUCGAUGGGUGAACGGUCCAAAGCAAGAAAACAGAUGUAUCGAAAUCAGUAAUGUUUCCCCACCAAUACUACAUGUCUUCCAAAAUAUCACGAUUUUAUCCCCAGCUGUUCAGUGGAGUAUUGGUAUUGAGUGUAGAAAUCCUAAUGUUGAAAAUCUUAGCGUCAACUUUAACAGCAGCCUGGGAUAUAUCAACGUAAGCCUGGGUAUUUUGUCUGUUGAGUCAGACCAGGUGAUUGUUUCAUCGCCUUAUCUUUUCUACAACUGCAGUAGUUUUACAAGUUGUACCAGAUGUGUUGACAACAUUUUCUGGUGCGACUGGUGUAUUACAGAAAACAAGUGUCAUUUUAACACAAAUCAGUGUUCUGGGGAGAGAGUCAGUAGUCAAAAAGCUAAUGAAAGUAGACAAUGGAAGAAUUUUUGUCCGAUGGUGGACGCAAGUCAGACUGGUCCCUUAUUGGUUGAACAGCAUCAAAUUAAAACAAUCGUCAUCCAAGGAAAGAAUUUCCCAGAACCUGACAAAUAUAGAGGACAAAUACAGUUACCAUCAAGGAUACUGUAUGUAAAUGGUAGAAGGAUUUCAAGUACUCAAUUAAUUUUCACUAUCGACAACAUUGAAGACGCCUUACCCUUGGGUAUAUAUGAAGCAAACAUGAAAGUACUGUGGACAGAACAUGAAUUUAACAUUGAAGCAAACCAUUUAACAUUGACUUUGUACAGCUGUCCUGACCAAGCACUAGGAGACUGUACCUUCUGUAAGAAUCUGGCGCUCAGUAAUCCUGCAAUGAAUUGUAAAUGGUGCAGUGAUCAAUGUAUCUACAGUCUACACAACUGUUCAGAUUCAUUAUGUCCAGUCCCAAUAAUCAACAGUAUUAAUCCAAGAGAUGGUUCGAUUGAUGGUGGUACCCAGAUCUCAAUCAAAGGGAAACAUAUUGGAGUGUCGAGAAAACAAAUAGAUAACAUCACUGUCGCUGGUGUACCAUGCACGAAUGUUUCUAUAAUUGAUCGAGUUGUACAAUGCGUUACGGGACCAAGUUCUGUUUCUGUUGGACCAAUAAUUCUACUUAUUGAUGGACAGAUUGGAGUCAGUUCGGCAAAGUUUACUUAUAAGGAUCCACAACUAUUAGGGUUGUCUCCUUCUGAAAUAUUACAAUCCGGGGGAAGAUCCAUCACAUUGACUGGAAGAAAUUUACAGAUAGGAAAUAGGAACAUUCGAGUUGAACUAAUAGAUGAGUCUUCCAACACAAAAACGUGUUCUGUGAAAAUGAAGAUUUCAUCUAGCAAGGAAAUAAUAUGUGUUCCGGAGCCCAGUAACAGUACAGGUCCUCAUAUAAUAGAGGUUUUCUUUGAUAAUACAUCAGUCAGGACAUUACAGAACAUGAGUUUGACUUACCUGUCUGAUCCUGUAGUGCAGGAAACAGAACCGUCAGAGUUUAAGAGUAUUUACAGUGGAGGGUUAAGCUUUGCAGUUAUCGGUAGCGGUUUUGUAGAAGUCAUCGAUGAAUUGACAGUACACUUUUCAGGGCACAAAGAAAACGGUGAGAAUUUAGAUGCUGUUGCAACUAAGGAUGAUUAUUAUAUUCGAGUUGGGUCAGAGGAAUGUAUUAUAACAGAUCUACAGAACUCUAGCCUCACGUGCACACCACCAUAUACAGAGCCAACACCUUUAUCAACUGAGGAGAAAUUGUUUAUAAGAGUUGAAGUAGGAUUCCUCACCGUUGUUGUUGGUGAUUUGAUUUAUCCGUCGUCCACAUGGUACAUUGUUAUAACUGUGAGCAUCACUGUUGUGUUUGUUGGUGUUGUAACAAUUGCCGUUCUUAGAUUGAGGAAACUCAAAUCCAGAAAGAAACAAGAAGCUCAAAAUUAUGUUCAAAACGUGCAAGUUUUAGGAUACGAAAUGCUGAGAAUAAAUCGGGAUCAAACUGAUAAACAUGGAAUUGAUGAAAGUAUAGUGGACCUCCUGAAAAGUAAAGGUUUGCUUAUCUCUCCCGAUGACAUCAGAAUUGGAGAUUGUGUUGGAAAAGGGAAUUUUGGGAUUGUGUAUGAGGGUACAUUGACCAAAGCAGUGGAAAAUAAUGAAAUCAAAGUGGCGAUCAAAUCCUUACACGAUAAGGGAUCACAAGAUAUAGACGUCAAAGAGUUUGUAAAUGAAGCUUUACAAAUGGCUGAUUUCCACCAUCCAAAUGUGAUGACAUUGAUUGGAAUUUGCCUUGCAAGUGAAAUGCCACUGGUGAUCUUGCCAUUUAUGGGUCAUGGAGAUAUGUUAACAUAUAUCAGAGAUAAAAACAAUGUAAUGACACUUUUGAACAUUUUACAUUUCGCCGCUGAUAUUGCCAGGGGUAUGGAAUAUCUGACUUUACAAAGGGUAGUUCAUCGUGACCUAGCUGCAAGAAAUUGCAUGCUUGGCGAUGACAAAACAGUAGUAGUAGCAGACUUUGGCUUGUCACGUGAUAUAUAUGAGAAAAAUUACUAUUGUGUAAGUAAUAAGAAUUGUAAGUUGCCGGUGAAAUGGAUGGCGCCUGAAAGUCUCGAGAAAGGCCUCUUCACAACCCAGUCAGACGUGUGGUCUUUUGGUGUGGUGCUUUGGGAAUUAGUAACCAGGGGAAAUAAGCCAUACCCGGAAGUGGACGGAUGGGACAUGCUCAGAUUUCUGAAGAUGAACAGGAAGUUACAACAGCCUCAGUACUGUCCAGAUGUGUUGUACUCUGUAAUGUCAAGAUGCUGGGAUCUAGACCCCGACAGAAGACCAAUAUUUCCAGAGCUAGUGGGUGAAAUGACCAGAUUCACAACUCCAUCCUCAGAUGAUAAUUAUCUGGAACCUACCGCUACUUAUGAGCAACUUCGAAAUACUUAUGUCAAUGUUGAACUAGGGGUAGACUACCUCGAUCUCCACUGAUAAAUCUACUUACAAAUAAAAAAAACAAUAUUUAUCUUGUAAUCUUCAUACCAAAUUAGAGACAACGAAGAAUGUUAGAUAAAUGCUUUCAUUUUGAUCAUUACCAUGUGUAUGUAAAAGUUCAUUGCAUAUUUUUUAUUUCCCAAAGUCUUUUCUUUUAAUUUUUAUAUCUAAAUUUAUUCUUUCUAAGGAAGCCUUGACAUUUUAUUAUUCGAAGAAAAUAAUGCAAAAAUAUUGAUUAGUUUUUUCAGUUUUGCAGGAUCUUGCCUCUUUUUCAUUAUCUAUCGUUAAGAUAACAUGCAUAUGACCUGGACAGAUUUUAAUAAUUUUAGAGUUAUAUGCUUAAUCAUCCAUGUAAAAAUUAUAGCAGAUUGUUACUUAUCCAAACAUCACUGGAUUAUUAAAAUGUUUUAAUUUA